AAUCCCGCCUUUGAAUGUUAUGAAAUGACUGAUUACGUGCAGCCUGACUUUGGUAACAGCAAUCUCUACUUCAUUGAGAGCCAUUGUGCUGACAAAUACGAUCAUGGCUUUCCAUCCAGUGCAAACUGCUUUCUUGUUCUUGAUAGUUCAAUUACUUUACGACGCUACGGGAGCACAAACCUGUCACAAUGACGUCACCCUUACACAAGCCGAGCCCAAUACAACCAUCUACAUGCCCAACUACUACGACAGCCGCUUCCCACCGACUCCGUACACCUGCACCUGGCGGUUACCUGCCCCGGAAGGAUACAAGGUCCGCCUGACCUUGCGGGACGUUGAUACGACCAUGAGGGAAACGUUGACGGUGUAUUCCCGGGAAUCAACGCAGGGUAGUUACACCAUGGCACUAACAGGAGCUCUGAAUUAUCCCAUCGCACCGCUGAUUUCUCAAAGGACCGGUUUUUAUUUGAAGUACAACAAUGCAGCCCGUCGGCGAGAUGGGCGUGGUUUCCUUGCAGACGUGAGCUUGACAGAAGAAAUGCAGAACCCCGGUCCAGGAUCGUGCGGUGGAAAAAUUGUCCUCUCCAAGAAAGAACCGGUAGUGGACAUCCGUGCUCCUUACAGCUCUUCCGGUGUCACUGUACCCCUCUUACCCAAGCCCCUCGGCCAGGCGUCAUGCAGAUGGGUGGUCGAAGCCCCUCGCAAGAAGCGUGUUAAGAUAACUUGGAACAAGGUAGAUACCAAGAACGAAGCCAUUAUUGUCUAUGACCGAAGAGCCAUUCAGUCAAGCUCCAGAGCGAUCAAACUGAAAGGCCAGGUCAACUGGGGACUUGCGCCCUUCAUCUCUUCAACGAAUGCUAUACUCUUCGGUCUUGAGCGUGAGGGCGCCCUUGAAGUGGGAAAUGGAUUCCACGUGACAGUAGAAAUAACAGACGAGGUAGUAAUGCCUUACAGCUGCGGUGGAACGUACUUCCUGGAUGAAUCUGAAAUGCCAACCCUCAACAUCAGUUCACCUUACUACAACAAGCCAGAAACAAAUGGGAGCAUCAUCACCUGCUGGUGGUACCUCAAUGCCCCGGCCGGUAAACAGAUCCGCCUCGAGAUCCAAGACACCGACACAACACCUUUCGAGACUCUGAAGAUCUUCGAUGGCCGAUCCGAUUCUUCCAAGAUUCCGUUAGAGUUCCUCUACGGAGAGGAGAAGCGACGCUUGCUCGUAUCCACUGAAGGAGGUAUGCUUGUCAACCUUGAGGAUCGUCGGAUGUUCGGCCGAAAUGGGCGGGGUUUCACUUUAACGGCUUCUGUUUCAGACGACUUUUCCUGGAAUCUCUACGAGACACAUCCAUCCUGCGGCCAGGUGGUGUAUCUUGACCACGAACAGCCGCGCUACGAGUUCAGCUCUCUCAACUUCCCAAGUACAGCUCCUAACAUCGGCUACUCUUGCUUCUGGACCUUCCACAGUCCACCAAAUACGCAGUUGAUCCUGGACCUACCUUACGUCCAUCCCGUAACCCAGUCCUUUGGCGUAGAGCAGGAUGGCAUCCAGCUCCUGGAAAUGGAGAAUAUUCCUUUCCCGGUAGCCAAUCGUCUCCAGACAGGCAACAACCAAUCGGAGGUUUUGUUUUCUGGAGGGGAAUACAGUAACUUACUACAAGGCGGUUUUCUAGCAGUGAUGACGUUCGUGCCCAAAGGUUUUACCAACUGGACUUCUGGUGAAAUCUUCACCGAAUGCGGUGGAGUUCUAAAUCUGAACGAGGAUCUACCAACCUUGACUAUCACCACACCAAGCUACCCUCUCCUCACAGGGGCCUUUCACUCAUGCGCGUGGGUCAUUAGAGCCCCCGCUGGUUCGAACGUGGACGUUACCUUCUGUGAUCUCUCCAUCAAUGCACCCGGUUCAGUGAGUGUCUUUGACGGUCCCGAUCUACGGCAGAUGAUGUUCCAAAAGUCCGGUAGUGAGGUCCCAACUCCCGUUACCACGGCAACCAACGUGGCGAUCGUCCAGUACGAGUCUAGAGGAGGAACCGUGGGCAGAGGAGCCAAGUUUGUCGUAAGAGACUCGAGUUUCAAAACUAAUAUAGAUCCGUGUACGCUGGAAGAGACAUCAGAUGAAGUUUUAACCACACCAGUCACGGAUAGAAGGACUGUAUCGGAAAUCAAAAAGGAUGACGACCAACCGACCGAAUCUGGGUCAGGUGUCACUGUUGUAUGUGACAGUACGCAUAUGACGGUCUACCUCAACAGGUCCCUCUUUGCACCUGACAUCGACCCAAUGACCUUGAGGUUCAAAGACGAAAGUUGCUUUGGAUUCCAUCAUGAUGCGGACCAAAUCGCUCUCUCCACCCGAUACGACAAGUGCAAGACACAGAAAGAGUACAACGAUGAUUACAUCAUCUACUCCAACACGGUGGAGUAUAGCCACGCUAUUCUUAUCCCUGGAACAUUGAUAACCCGCGAUAAGAAACAGAUCGUCAUCCAGACCCGCUGUCAGCUGAACCGACGUCAAACAUUAUCCAGCCUGCCAACCAACGUUGUGGAAGAUGCGAAUGAGAUCAGCGAAACCGGGUAUCCGAAAUUUUUGCUUGAUCUCCAGCGUUUCACCGAUUCCAGUUUCACGCAGCCACUGAAUGAGACUUCGAGUGUGGUUCCGAAUCAGCGGCUCUUCUACGCUGUUAAUCUGACAACCGAUCCGGGUUUCGUGUUCUAUAUUGAGGACUGCUGGGCCACGCCAUCGUCCGAUCCUUUAGAUAAACAGCAGCAAAGUCUGAUAAGCAGCGGGUGUGAAGCCGAUGAAACCCUAACGAUGUAUACAAACAUCCGUUCUUCACUCCGGCCAUUUUCGUUUGAAGUAUCGACGUUAUCUGCCGGCAGUGAACAGAUCUACGUUCAUUGUGAGGCCGUCAUCUGCUACGAGAACGCUGUCAACUCUCGUUGUUCCAGAGGAUGCCUUAAAUCGAACCCCAACCGUGGUCGUCGUGAGGUCAACGAAAUGGACAUCGACCAGGAUUUCAACUCCAUUCCCCAUGUUGUCUCUCGCGGUCCUGUGUACUUGACCCGAUCGGACACGGUUCCAUCGGCAUUAGGAGGAGAGGGACACGGUUCGGAGGUCAGCGGUGUGAAUGGUUUGAAGCAAACAUUGAUCAGCGUGCUCGGUGUCGUAGUGGGCUUGGUGGUCGUCAUCGUGGUCCUUCGCCAGAUCAUAGCUCGUUGAUCUGAGGAUUGCACGAACGUCGACGGAGUAUAGAGUACACUUGAAAAUCCACAUACCCCAGGCUAUCCAGGAAUCAAAUACUCUGGAUUUUGUCUUUGUGCUUGGCUCUUUUAAACUAAAAUUCUCUUCUAUUCUAUUCUCAUCGCGCUCACCCGUUUAAUAAAUGGAUGAGGGCAAUUUCUUUGUUUCUUAAUAACUUGUCUUUGUUUAUUUGCAAUUACCAACAAUUGGACGGGCUGAAACUCGUGUUUUACUGAGUUUCAAAAGAUUUCUGGUAUAAUUGUUAAAUCAAGUUGUCAAUGGCAAUUAUAUAUUUCAAAAUUUGAAUUACACAUUCAUCUAUUUUUAGAAGAUUGUGAAUGUUGUAGGGGGGGAGGUAUUUGUCUGUCUUAUACCUAACGAAUCCCUGUGUAUUAACAGUUUAGUUAAUUUCAAAAGGUACCUAUCGGUGUAGGUUCUCAGCAGUUUUUAUUUUCUUUGUGGCCUGCUAAUAAAUUGUAUCCGAACAGGAUUCAAAUUCAUUUAAA